CCUCCACAAACAUUUCAAUCCCACUUGGCUUUCUCUCCCUCGUGAAAUUAUUAUUCCCGCACUAAAAAUUAAAAACAAGGAACACUAGAAACCGAAAUUGAUUUACACCUUUCAAUCCACUUUGUGUGAGUACUUGCUUCGGCGUUCCGAUCCAUCGAAGAAGUUACAGCUCGACGGCGAGAAAAUACGGAGAAUGUUUGAUUAUCUCGAACCCAAAAUGUCAAUGAAGCGCCCGUGUAGUUCUAACGAAGAAAGCAUGAUUCUGGAAAAGAUGAAUAAAAGAAGGAAAUGUGAGAAUCAAAGUAACGAAGAAAGUGAAGACAGGCUGAGUGACUUACCCGACGGUAUAAUCCUUCACAUUUUGUCAUUUUUGAAUACCAAACAUGUUGUCAGAACUUGUGUUUUGUCUAAGAGAUGGAGACAUCUCUGGAAACGUAUUCCAACUCUUAUGUUGUAUGCAUCAAGAUUUUCCACUGUUAAGCAAUUUGCCAUGUUUGUGUCUAACAUAUUGACUCUUCGUGAUACCUCAACUGCACUGCACGCUCUUGAUCUUGACCGUCAUGGUAACAUUGAGCCUCAACUCCUUAAAAAGAUUUUAAACUAUGUUUCCUCCCAUAAUACCCACCUCCAGGAUUUAGGAAUCUCUGUCAAUGGUGAUUGUGGUCUCAUUAUGAGCUGCGUUUCUUCAUGUCGGGCUCUUACUUCUCUGAUGCUUUCAAUUUACCCUAAAGAUGGUAUUUGUAGUAAUUCUGGAAUAUUAUUUCCAAAAUCUUUGAAUUUGCCAACAUUAACCAACUUAUAUCUAACAAAUUUCAACUUUUGCGGUGGUGAAAAUGGUUGUGCUGAGCCCUUUUUGGCCUUUCCCAAGUUGACUAGUUUGGUCAUUCGUAGUUGUAGGGUAAGGGAUGCACAAAUCCUCAGGAUAUCAAGUGAAACCCUUGUCAAUUUUAAAAUGCGUAAUUAUUCAGAAGACUUUGCAAAAAUUGAGUUAUGUGCUCCAAGUCUUUGUACCUUUACUUUUACUGGUACUCCUGUUCAGAAAAUAUGUGGGAGUGGUCUUUCUUCUGUCAAACAAGUAAAGAUUAAAGCAGAAAUGUUUUCAAGAUGGGAUGAGCCUCCUUUGAUUCUAUUCGACUGGCUGCUAAACCUUGCCAAUGUAAAAUCAUUGAUGGUCUCUUCAACUACUCUUCGGAUUCUCUCAUUAGUUCCUGAUUUACUAGAGGUUAAGCUGCCUUCUUUGUGUAACUUGAAGUCUAUGGAAAUAAAACUGGAAACCUGUAGUAAUCAAAUGGCAUUACCCAACCUGGUGAAAGAAGCCAUGUUAAAGAAAGCUGCUGCCAAGUCACGUAAAGAAGCUGCCAAGUUAAGAAAGGCUUUUAAAGCACGUUUGGAACCACCUCCCAUACCUGAUGGAAUAGUUGAAUUCUUGCGUCAAAACUCGCAAUCCGCCGAAGUUAACAUCACAACAAAUUACCCGGCUUGUUUUAAUCUUAAGCAGGUUGAAGAAUCUAUAAAGGGUGCGAAGGUUAUCAACUAUCAUUCGCAAUUCGCCGUGCCUGCCUCCUCUGCUGCACCUGUUCAUGCUGCUGAGUCUGCUUCUGCCACCGUGCCUGCCUCGUCAACACCUCCCAGUCUUCAUCUCUGUUGCGCUGAAAAGGAGGAUUAAUAAUCAAAUGACGAUAAGGUGGAUAAGCACCAACCUAACAACAACUCUCCACUUCUAGAUAAUGAGCAGUGAAGAGUUCUCAUAUUUCAUACAAAUUACGAUGCCUUCUCUGUGAACCUUUCUUUUAAGACAUCAGAUAAGUAACUGAAAAAUAUCAGUUUGGCUGACUUUACUGAAACAUGUUUGAUUUGAGAAGCAUUUGGUUGAUCACAUGAACUCUUCAUUUGAGGUCCAUGAGUUCAUCUAACUGGUAGUCUCCAAUUUUAAAGCCAAAUUGUAAUAUACUUAUUUAACUAUUCUGGAGUAUGUCUUGGAUACUAAAUUGCAGUAUACAAAAAACCUAUACGCUGCAUAUUGUAUAUGUAAUAUGUCCUUGUCUUUUGUUGUUCGGAGCCUUCACGUAGCAGUUUGUUGCUACUAGACCUUGUUUAUCGAUGACUUUUGGUGUUGUGCUAUGAUCUUGUACGGAAGAGUACAUUGCGUUUAUUCCCAUUUGUUGAUACAACUUUGCUUAUAAUUGUGUUUAUUUGCCUGUCA